CAUCACUGUGCCAUGAAAAUGUUUGGAUGACGUGACCCACACGGAACUAUCUGCGUUCAUAUAAUUUGAAAUUAAUCUCAUUGUUGAAUGUCAAUCUCGAAAACAUCUAUACAAGUUUUAAAACUGGAAUUUAGAAUGAAAAUCAAUACAUGUGCAGUGUGUGUCAACCGUAUUAGUUGAUAAGAUAACACCAAAACGAGGAAGAGUUGUGUCGAGUCAUGUGCAAGGGUACAUCGUCACACGUCGAGCUAGCCAGAACAAGAUGAUCAAGACUACUGUGGAAGUGUCAACGCGACGUUCUAACGCGUGAAUACAAAGUUUGCUGACGAAAAGCCCCGUAUUAGGUACGCAUAAGACGCCUCAUUGUUGCUGUGCUUAGUACAGUCCGAACUGAAGGCCGAAAAUGGAGCCCGAGACCUCCCGUCAAUGUCCGGCCGACGUGGGGUGCUCCAUACGGCCAGACAUGAGAGAGGAGACCCCCGGAGGAGAUGCGAAAGGCGGACUGGUGUUAAGGCGAAGAGGCGGAGACCAAGCAGUCAAAUGUAAGGAUGGGAAAUUGGAGGGUGGAAGUGGCGGAGUAACGGAUUAUCGGCUGGAAAGCGGACACGAAGAGGAGCCUGGCAAAUAUGAGGAGGAGCUGGAUCCAAGAAUUCAGGAGGAACUUGAACACCUCAACCAAGCCAGCGAUGAGAUCAACAAGCUGGAGCUUAAUUUGGAUGAUGCCAGGUCCAGCUACAGGAAGAUCCUCACUGAUUCUGCUCGGAAGUUGAAUGCUCAGGGCUCCCAACUUGGUGCCUGCAUUGAAAAAGCCCGGCCUUACUAUGAGGCCCGCAGACAGGCCAAAGAGGCACAACAGGAGACCCAGAAAGCUGCUUUAAGGUAUGAGAGGGCUGUGUCCAUGCACACUGCUGCCAGAGAGAUGGUCUAUGUGGCAGAACAAGGACUUUUGGCUGACAGGAACACCAUGGAUCCAACGUGGCAGGAGAUGCUCAACCAUGCUACUGCUAAGGUGAAUGAGGCUGAGGAGGAGCGCUUUCGCAGUGAGCAUGAGCACCAGCGAGUCACCCAGCUGUGCCAGGAUGCUGAGGCUAAAGUCCAAACCCUCCAAAAAUCCCUGAAGAAGGUCAUACUCAAGUCCAAACCAUACUUCGAACUUAAGGCUCAGUUCAACCACAUCCUGGAGGAACACAAGGCCAAAGUAGUCCAGCUAGAGGAGCAUGUAGCAAAAGUAAAAAUGCGUUAUUCUGUGGCUCUGCGGAACCUGGAACAGAUCAGUGAGCAGAUCCAUGCUCAACGAGGGCGAAUCCAUGCUGGCAGGAAGCGACUCGCAAUGUGUGGUGGCCGUAGCUCUCCAGUUGGGGCUGAGGCUGAUACCAGGGCUGUAAUCAGGGUUCCGAUUGAUAGCUUCGUGGGAAUGGGUAAGGUCGAAAGUGACUGGGUAGACAGUGAGAAAACACGGCUGUGGGUGGAGAAGCACCGUGAGAACGGCUGGGGUCAGAGAGAAGAGUUAGAAGUGGAGCAUACUGGUUCAGACCGAAUGUCCAUCAUCAGUCUGCAGACCAUCACUUCUGACCUGGAAAAAUGUGAUUCGGUUGAACAUCUGGGUGACUUUAGUGAUUUUGGGAGCGCUCUGGGUGAAGAGUGGGACUGGAACAGGAAGAUUUCGCCCAGGCCCAGGGACAGGGUGGAAUUGACUGCUGGACCCCAGCAGGCAAAAACACACCAGCAAAACAAAAGAAGUAGUAAACAGAAGAAUAAGGAGAGCUUCAUCAAGCACCAUCACAGAAGUCUGAGUUUGUAAUUUCUGGAGAAAGCCAGUUAAAGCAAAAUGAUCGUAAUCAACAUGAUCAUAAUCAACAUAUAUAUCAUCAAAGCGAGGAUUAGAAAAAUAAGUUGAAUAAUUUCUGAAUAUAAUGGCCGGAUUUAGUCAGUAAUAGCAAUAGUCUAUGAGGAGUAAGGGGUUUAUUUAGCUAUCAUGCAUAUAUAUUAGUAGAAUUAUGUAGGAAAUGAUUGAUAGAGUCACUCUAGUAUGACAACAAACAGCCAUUUGACUUAAAAUACUUUUAAGACCUAAAAACAGCAGAGAGUCAUUGAGUAAUGAUAGGUUAACGGUCAUGUGGGGAUACUGAUACUAUUUUAUUUUAUUUCCCAUCCAUCCAUUUAUUUUCAACACCCAUUAUCCUGGUUAGCGAUGCAGGGUGCUGGACCCUCGGGGAAAAGGCGGACCCCACCCUGAACCAGUCACCAGUCACAGAUAACAUUUGCAUUUACAUUCACACCAUUACAGAGUGGGAACUGAAACCACACUGCUUGCCAAAAUCAGGCAAAUGCACACCAUCAGUGACUUCUAUUAUUUUUAUGUAUUUAUUAUUAUUAUUUUUUUAAUAUUGUACAAAUGUUGCAGAGGCUUAGCAAUUUAGAGCAGUUUGAAAUCACUAAUAGAACAAAAAUCUGGAAGAGCGAUCAUUGUGCAAAUGGUGCAGAGGGUGCAAGAUCUUUAUGCAGUUUAAAGUGUCUAGUCGUGUGAUAAUCUGGAACAAUAUCAAUUGUGCAGAUGGUGCAGACUCUUCACAGGCACAUGACAAGCUAGUAUUGGUCAGUGAUGGAUAUAUAAAUUGUGCUGUGUGGCAAGAGUACGACUGAGUGCAUGAAUUAUAUAUAAUUUGAAUGCACAAUAAAUUAUAACAGAUGAAUACACUUCCUUUUAACCGUCUGAUAACCGUCUGACAUGCAAUCAAACUAAACUUUCCCCGUUUUAGAUAAAUUAAGCCUACCAGAAGCAUUUCUAUUUGCUGAAUGCUAGAAUAAUGUCAGAAUUGCCUUGAAAAGUCUUCUCUACUCAUUCUGACAUUUAGUAAAUAUAAAUAAUUUUCAAUUCUAAUUGCCCUAAAACAAGAAAAGCAUGGAGUAGAACCAUUUGUUUGUUUGAUUUAUAUCUCUUUCAUUCUCUCAUUUUCCCCUUUUUAUUUAUAUUUUAUUUUCUUAUCCUGGAAUAGUAUUUGUAUCAAUGUUUUAAUUUUUAUGCAAGCUAUAUGGAACAAACCACGAGGGUGAUCAUCAACCCAAGGCUUCAUUAUUUAGAAACUUAGAAUAUGCUAUCAUCGGCAUCUUUAUUGCGUUACUCUUUGUCAUGGUAAACAUUUAAUUACCAGUUUAAGAGUGAACCUUGAUUGAUAAGAGAUCGUAUUUACUAACAGGUUCUAUGCUGCUAUGGACAAUAAAAGUGAUUUAUUCUCAAAAACAUUGAUGUUUAAAAUUGCUGCAUCAAAGUCGCACAUUAUUCAGGUGACUACUGUAAAUUCCAAAUCAAUGGAGCUUCUGUUUUGUGGCUAAGCUGUCAAUAUUUAUCUAUUUUAGCUGUUGUGAGAAAGGAGUAUUACCGCCCAAUGAAUUGUAAUGUACCAAGCACACUCAAAAUACUGUAUACUGUUUAAACUCUGUGUGUUGUAACAAAUUGUAUGAAGCAAAAUAAGCAAAGCUUGUAUUUUUGCAUUUCAGAUUAAAAACUGAGGUAUUUUUUUAAUUCAGCUAGCAUUUAGUCUUCAAUAACAUUGCUUUCCAUUUUUAGAAAAUAUUUGCACUAGUUGCAGCCUGUAACAUGAGCUUACUUUUGAGCUAAUUUCCUGAAUUCUUCCAUGUAUUUUGUAUUUUGAUAUGGCAUGAAUUUUCGUGACAAUUUACAUGAAAACUGUAAAAUGAAGUGCUGAGUCACAUCACGUAAUUCCCGCCAAUAUCUCUCCGUGGCAUUUAAGUGUGGAGGCUGAUCGCAUUUUGUAAAAAAAAAAAAAAUCCUUUAAUGGUCUUAAAGACAAUGUGGUAUUAUGUGGAUUCCUGGAGACUCACAUUCCCCCUCCAAGGAAUUAGUGUUCUUCACAUCAGCCAUUUAUUAAAAUCUAUAGAUUUGUUCAAUAGCCUAAAGAAGACUGUUUUUAAUCACAAGUAUGGAUAAAUGUGAAUUUGUUACACAUUUUUGUGUCAGUUCUGGCAACCAUAACUGAUAAGGAAUAUAAUCUACAGUUGAAAUUGCUCAACCUUUUCUUUUUCCAAGUCAUUUUUGUAUGCUUUGGUUGCAGGGGUUUGUAUGACUUUUAUUUUUUUUAAGAAUGCUUGAUUUUCUACUCAAGUCGAGAAGCACAUUUCACUCUAAAUCAAGGUUUUUUUCCCCCUUCCCUUCCUUUCAGGGUUCCCAACCUAAAAAGCCCAACUCUUAUUUUAGGUUCAUUUGUCCACAGGACAUUUUCCCAGCUGAAACCUGGUGUGUCCAGGUCCUAUUUGCCAAAUGUAAUGGAACAACAAUGGAAGUAGCGAAGGCAAAGAUCAUAGAUACCAGUCACAGCCAGUCAUGUGCACAGAUAAUUACAAAAUUAUUUGUACUGUUUGUGUUGCACAAGUAUGGGUAGUAAUAAAAAAAUGUAUAUUUUUUACUCAUAACUCAGAACAAAGUGUUCUUAUUUUAUUUUGAUUUGUAUUUGCAGCUAAAAGAUCAUUUAAAGCUUCAUUCAUUUUGCCUUGACUCUAUGCAAAUAUGGCUAUAUGAUUACUGGGCACUAUAUUCGGAUAAAGGAUUGCAUAAAAAAUACAAAAUAAUGCAAAUUUCUGUUGUGUUCCUUAGUUAUCUAAAUGUGGGUAACUGGGAAUUUUGUAUUCAUGUAAAAGCAUUUUUUUGUUCAGAAUUCAUUUAUUAUAUCUUAAAUUGUACAGAUGUGUAUAUUUCUUACUGUUAUAGUACUUUGAAAAAUGCUAAUAUUGCAUAUACAGUGAAGAAAAUAAGAAUUUGAACACCCUGCUAUAUUGCUAGUUCUCCCACUUAGAAAUCAUUGAGGGGUCUGGAAUUUUCAACAUAGGUGCAUGUCCACUGUGAGAGAUACUCUAAAAAGAAAAAUCCAGGAAUCACAAUGUAUGAUUUUUUUAAUGAUUCAUUUGUGUGAUACAGCUGCAAAUAAGUAAAUAAUAAGCAAAUAAUUUGAACACCUGCGAAAACCAAUGUUAAUAUUUGGUACAGGAGCCUUUGUUUGCAAUUACAGAGGUCAAACGUUUCCUGUCGUUGCUCACCAGGUUUGCACACACUGGAAGAGGGAUUUUGGCUCACUCCUCCACACAGAUCUUCUCUAGAUCAGACAAGUUUCUGGGCUGUCGCUGAGAACCACGGAGUUUGAGCUCCCUCCAAAGAUUUUCUAUUGAGUUUAGGUCUGGAGACUGGCUAGGAGAUGCCAAAACCUUGAUAUGCUUCUCACUGAGCCGCUCCUUGAUUUUCCUCACUGUGUGCUUCGUGUCAUUGUCAUGUUGAAAGACCCAGACGACUUCAAUGCUCUGACUGAGGGAAAGAGGUUGUUCCCCGAAAUCUCACAAUACAUGGCCGCGGUCAUCCUCUCCUUAAUAGAGUGCAGUCGUCCUGUCCCAUGUGCUGAAAAAACACCGCCUAAGCAUGAUGCUACCACCCCACUCAUCUGACCACAAAACUUUCUCUCGUGACUCCUCUGUAUCAUCCAAAUGGUCAUUGGCAAACUUAAGAUGGGCAUUGACACGCGGUGGUUUAAGCAGGGGAAACUUUCGUGCCAUGCAUGAUUUCAAACCAUGACGUCUUAGUGCAUUACCAACAGACACCUUGGAAACGGUGGUCCCAGCUCUUUUCAGGUCAUUGAUCAAGUGCUGCCGUGUAGUCCUAGGCUGAUUUCUCACCUUUCUAAGGAUCAUUGAGACCCCACGAGGUGAUAUCUUGCAUGGGGGUCCACUCCGAUUGACAUUGACCAUCAUGUUUAGUUUCUUCCAUUUUCUAAUGAUUGCUCCAACAGUGGACCUUUUUUCACCAAGCUGCUUGGCAAUUUCUCCGUAGCCCUUUCCAGCCGUGUGGAGUUGUACAAUUUUGUCUCUGGUGUCUUUGGACAGCUCUUUGGUCUUGGCCAUGUUACAAGUUUGAGUCUUACUGAUUGUAUCGGGUGUCCUCGUAAGGUGUCUUGCUGCACCUAACGACCUCACACAGGUGCAUCUGUGUAAGGAUAAUACAUGGAGUGGAGGUGGACUUUUAAAGGCGGACGAACAGGUCUUUGAGGCUCAGAAUUCUAACUGAUAGACGGGUGUUCAAAUACUUAUUUGCAGCUCUAUCACAAAAAUAAAUUAUUUAAAAAAUCAUACAUUGUGAUUUCUGGAUUUUUCUUUUUAGAUUAUCUCUCACAAUGGACAUGCAUUUAGGAUGAAAAUUUCAGACCCCUCGAUGAUUUCUAAGUGGGAGAACUUGCAAUAUAGCAAGUUUCUUCACUGUAUUGUUGCAAGGUUUCAAACAUUUUGCAGAAAUGUAUUUGCACUUUGUUAAUUUUGCACGUUUGUUUGGUCACUAGUAUGCAGUUUUGCAGUGUUGAGCAUUGUUCUAACUGUUCCAAUUGCGUAGUGAGUUGAAUGAGAACAAUUUAUAACUGUCA